GUAGGUCGCCAACAUAUUAAAAGCAACAAUUGGAAUUGCCUUUUCCUUCGUAUCCACAAAAAUAUAGUUUAAUAACGUAAGUUAAAGACUUAAAAAUACUCUUUGCCUUCCUAGAUGGCUUAGUUAUGUCAUUAAAGGUAGCAUUUCGAAUCAGAAUGAAGGAUGUGAAAGGAAUGCGAAAAUAGGAACGUUUCCUUCAUUUUUUUUUUUUUCCUACCAGGCAGAGAGAGAUCCAGUCCAGGUUUUGCCUUCUACUCUGCCUCUGAAUUUCGGCUGUGCACUGUAUAGCACGUUUCUCUCUCCUUCCCCUCCUUUCUCCUUCCCUCUAGCCUCUAGUGUCUGUCUCCAGGAUUUCUCUCUUCCUAUUUCAGGAGGACUCUCACAGGCUCCCUAAGCGUGUGUGAAGCUGAGGUUUCCCCUAGAUCCUGUAUAUCCCCGAUACAUACCUCCACGCACACACAUCCCCAAGAACCCCGCGCUUACACCGACACACACACGCGCAUACACACUCGCGCGCGCCUGUCCAUCUCCCUCUCGGGAGAGCCGGCGCGCAUUUCCACCUUCGCUGCACACUCAAGCGAGCCGAGCUCGCAGCGCUCCAGGAUUCUGCGGCUCGGAACUCGGAUCGCAGCUCUGAACCCCCACAGUGUUUUUUUUAUUUUAAACAUUUCCUUCUCUCUCUCGUUUUCAUUGCACCGUUUUCGAUCUAGGGGGCUAGAGGAGCAAGGCGGCUGCUUUCCCAGUCAGCCCUGGUUGGCUUGCCAUCCUCCAUCUGGCUUAUAAAAGUUUGCUGAGCGCAGUCCAGCGGGCUGCACUGCUCGUCCCCUCGGCUGGCGGAAGGGGGUGACGCUGGGCGAGGAGCGCGCCGCUGGCUCUGGCGGGCUUUCGGCUUGAGGGGCAAGGUGAAGAGCGCACGGGCCCUGGGGUUUACCGAGCUGGAUUUGCACGUUGCACCAUGCCUUCUUGGAUCGGGGCUGUGAUUCUUCCCCUCUCGGGGCUGCUGCUGUCCCUCCCGGCCGGGGCGGAUGUGAAGGCUCGGAGCUGCGGCGAAGUCCGCCAGGCGUACGGUGCCAAGGGAUUCAGCCUGGCGGACAUCCCCUACCAGGAGAUCGCAGGGGAACACCUAAGAAUCUGUCCUCAGGAAUAUACAUGCUGCACCACAGAAAUGGAAGACAAGUUAAGCCAACAAAGCAAGCUUGAGUUUGAAAACCUUGUGGAGGAGACGAGUCAUUUCGUGCGCACCACGUUUGUGUCCAGGCACAAGAAAUUUGAUGGUAGGUGAAGGAGUUUUCACUUUAUUCUGUUAUACGUGCAGUUUUCUAUAAGAAUCUUGGUAUUAUAUGUAACACUUUUUUUUUUUUUUAAAGAGGGAGCUUUUUUCCUUCUCUCUGAAACAUUUAUAACUUCGUCUAUUUUUAGAAAAAAUAUGCACUUUCUUGAGAAGUGUGUUAUUUUAAUAGUAAUAUAAUGGAAAACCCUGACUUAACAAAGAGCUUUUCUGCAUUAGUGUUUUACUUAUGAGAUUUAUUCUGAAAGAUAUAGCUCAAGUUUUCAUGAUUAGAGCGAUUCUAAUUAAGGUGUUGUCACUCCAUGGCUUAUCUGUAGGUAUCAUAGGUAGGGUUUCUUAAAAAAAAAUUAAAUGUCUAUUAAAAGUAUUUGAAAUAUACAUUUACUUUUAAGGGGACAGGUUCGUCAUUAAGGGCCAAUAACAUGGACUCCUUUAUUUCUAGAGACGCCUUUCCAAUAACGUAGUCAUAUUUCAUAUUGCAGUUACUGUGUUGCAUAGCUUUUGAACUCUCUUUUGGUUUCCUGAUCGUAAGUAAUUGGCUCCAUUUCUAUAUCCUAUUUGUUAACUAAACAUUUUGUAUGGGAAAGCAUGAGUGACGGUAAUUAUUACUAAACUUUCGGCAUUGUAUUUUCUCACCAGAGACUCAGAAAAAUAUCCAAAAGCAAACGGAUUAUUCAAAGCUGAAUCACUAAUGGUAACAAUAAAGUUAAUAUUUCUAAGUGGUGUCUUGCCUUUCGUGUUCUUAGAAAUGAAUAUACCUUACUAGGUUUCAUUGUAAACCAGACUUGUAAACUGUGGUGGCCAUUAGUUUAAGGAACCUUCCUUGUGCCCUUUGGUAAUAUUAAGUUCCCCAGGGCAACAGAGCUACUGUUCAUUUUCUUUAUCCUCUGUAGUCAGUGCACAAUGGAGCCAGUUCAGAGCAGGCUGGGCAAAAGUUUUUCUU